AUGGAACGCCAUGUCUUCCUCAACCUUGAAGCGUUAAUGCGACAACGUGGUUGGUUGGAAGAUAGUCGAUAUUUAAGAGUGGAUGAGCAGUUGGCAAUGUUUAUAUCUAUCGUUGGUCACAAUGAUAGGUAUAGAGACAUAGCAGAACACUUUCAGCGUUCUCUUAACACUAUAGGUGAACACUUUAAGAAAGUGUUACGUGCUUUCAUACUACUGGGACAAGAGAAUAUCAAACCUCCAAACUUCAGUCGUUGCCCUAAACAGAUUCUUGAAAAACCAAAGCUCUAUCCUUUCUUCAAGGACUGCAUUGGCGCGAUUGAUGGCACUCAUGUUAGUGCUUCUGUACCUCUAUCCAAACAAAUACCGUACAGAGGAAGGAAAGGAGAUACGACCUGGAAUGUUAUGUGUGCAUGUGACCUUGACAUGAAAUUCACUUUUGUGUACGCUGGUUGGGAGGGUUCGGCAAAUGAUUGUCGAGUAUUCAAUGAGGCAUUGAAUAACCCUAAAUUUGAAUUUCCUCAUCCUCCACCUGGUAAAUAUUAUGUGGUUGAUUCUGGUUAUCCAUCUACUACUGGAUUCUUGACGCCGUUCAAAGGACAAAGAUACCAUCUAAAUGAUUAUAGGAAUAGACGUCCAAGGACAGCAGUAGAGCUAUUUAAUAAUAGACACUCUUCUGUUAGGAAUGUUAUAGAGCGCAGUUUUGGUUCUUUGAAGAAGCGCUUCCCAAUUCUGAGCAAAAUGCCAUGUUUUUCAUUGAACACCCAAACAUGCAUCGUCAUUGCUUAUUGUGCACUUCACAACUUCAUUCGGGAGGAAGAAAUUGCAGACAAGAAUUUUAAGGAGUUUGGUGAAAAUUGGUGGAAUGAGGAGCCUAAAGAAAUUCAAGAUUAUGUUUUCAUAUUGAAUGGAUUCUAUGUGGAGAUCAAGACACAGCACGAGGACCUCAUCCAAACUCUGAGAUUGACCUCUAGGAUGGUUUUCAUAUUGAAUGGAUUCUAUGUGGAGAUCAAGACACAGCACGAGGACCUCAUCCAAACUCUGAGAUUGACCUCUAGGAUGAUACCUUAUGAGCCCCAUAUCUCAUUAUGUGAGACAGCAGAAGCUGGAAUAUGCACUUUUGGUGUCAUGCUGAGUUAA